GGAAGGGCAGAGCAGAGAGCUGAGCCUGCUGCUGUUGCUGCUGUUGCUGCUGCUGCUGCUGCUGCUGCUGUUGCUGCUGCUGCUGCUGUCGCUGCUACGGGUGUAGCCAAGGCUUGAAGCGGUGGGAGGUGGGUCCCUGCGCCCCGGCGCCGGGGCAGCCCCAGGGCAGUCCCGAGGCCUGUGGAACAGCUCCUGGGAAAAAGGUGGCGGUUGGAACCGCGACCUUGGCCAGACCUAGUUCGGUGGUGGACGUAGGGCGGAGGCAGAGGCCGAGCCCGGGCAGGAGUCUUUGGUGAGCCGGAGGGAGGCGCAUCUGGCGCUUCGGUACCAGCGGCAACCCAGGGUCUUGUAAGGCUGGAAAAGAACAGCGGGACCCGGACAGAGACAGGAGGGCGGACCCGUGGGUCCCCGAGCCCAGCUUCAGUCACCAGCUUCAGUCACCAGCAGGAGCUAAGCCACGCGACUUUUCCGGCAGCCAGUUUCACGCGUGCGACAGUUUGCGGGUUCCAGGCAUCCCAGUAAUCUUGAGCACCGAGGCGCAGCUAUUGGGAACCAGAGCCACAUCCCAGACCUAGCCUGGCAGAGGGACCAGCUGCAGGUUUCACCGACCUAACCGCCAGGUCAGAGCGCGGGCCCCACCCUAAAGGAGGGCGCAGCCAGAGCUGGGAAGCGGGUGCCGCGCUCCGGAGCUCGUGUCGUGGGCGCCGUCCUAGUGGCGGGGAGCGCACUGCCAAGGGGACAUGAGAUCGGAGAAAUCCCUGACGCUGGCGGCGCCGGGGGAGGACCGUGGGCCGGAGGGGGAGCAACAGGAUGCCGGAGAGUUCCCGGAGGCCGCGGGUGGCGGCGGCUGCUGUAGUAGCGAGAGGCUGGUGAUCAACAUCUCUGGGCUGCGCUUUGAGACGCAGCUGCGCACCCUGUCCCUGUUCCCUGACACGCUUCUGGGAGACCCUGGCCGCAGAGUCCGCUUCUUCGACCCCCUGAGGAACGAGUACUUCUUUGACCGCAACCGACCCAGCUUCGAUGCUAUUCUCUACUACUAUCAAUCCGGGGGCCGCCUGCGCAGGCCGGUCAACGUGCCCCUGGACAUCUUUAUGGAAGAGAUCCGUUUCUAUCAGUUGGGGGACGAAGCUCUGGCGGCCUUCCGGGAAGAUGAGGGUUGCCUGCCCGAAGGUGGCGAGGAUGAGAAACCACUCCCCUCCCAGCCCUUCCAGCGCCAGGUCUGGCUCCUCUUUGAGUACCCGGAGAGUUCUGGGCCCGCCCGAGGCAUUGCCAUCGUCUCUGUGUUGGUCAUUCUCAUCUCGAUCGUCAUCUUUUGCCUGGAGACCUUGCCCCAAUUCCGUGCAGAUGGGCGUGGUGGAAGCAACGAGGGUAGUGGGACUCGCUUGUCCCCGGCCUCCAGGGGGAGCCACGAGGAAGAAGAGGAGGAUGAGGAUGCCUAUGCAUUUCCUGGUGGCAUUCCUCCUGGAGGGGUGGGGACCGGGGCAUCGUCCUCAUUCAGUACUCUUGGGGGUUCCUUCUUCACUGACCCCUUCUUUCUGGUGGAAACUUUGUGUAUCGUCUGGUUCACCUUUGAGCUCCUGGUGCGCUUUUCUGCCUGUCCCAGCAAGGCAGCCUUCUUUCGCAAUAUCAUGAACAUCAUUGACUUGGUGGCCAUCUUCCCCUACUUUAUCACCCUGGGCACUGAGCUAGUGCAACGACACGAGCAGUCCGUGAGUGGUGGCAGUGGCCAAAACGGGCAGCAGGCCAUGUCCCUAGCCAUUCUUAGGGUGAUUCGCCUGGUCCGAGUGUUCCGCAUCUUCAAGCUCUCCCGCCAUUCCAAAGGGCUGCAGAUCCUGGGUAAGACCUUGCAGGCGUCCAUGAGAGAGCUGGGGCUGCUCAUCUUCUUCCUCUUCAUCGGAGUCAUCCUCUUCUCCAGCGCCGUCUACUUCGCAGAGGCGGAUGAUGAUGACUCUCUCUUCCCUAGCAUCCCAGAUGCCUUCUGGUGGGCUGUGGUGACAAUGACCACAGUAGGUUAUGGGGACAUGUACCCCAUGACAGUGGGGGGCAAGAUUGUGGGUUCUCUGUGUGCGAUUGCUGGGGUUCUUACCAUUGCACUACCGGUACCAGUUAUUGUCUCCAAUUUCAACUACUUCUACCACCGAGAGACGGAGCAGGAGGAGCAAGGCCAGUAUACCCAUGUCACUUGUGGGCAGCCUACCCCGGACCUGAAGGCAACGGACAAUGGGCUUGGCAAGCCUGACUUUUCCGAGGCUUCACGAGAAAGGCGGCCUAGCUACCUUCCAACUCCACACCGAGCUUAUGCGGAGAAAAGAAUGCUCACCGAGGUUUGACGGAUGCAGGCAGGGCCUGCAGGAACAAGGGAGCUCUGAGCAAGCCAUCUCUCAGGCUUCCUUCACAUGCUCACUACUCCCGCCAUAGCUCCCGAGGACCUCGAAUCCCCUCUCCCUGUACCCAGUACAUGGCAUCCUGGACCAAAUACCUGGACUGUAGACUGUUGCUCGAUCCUCGCAGCAUUCGAGGUUUCUCCAUCUUAGUGACAUUUCAGAAAUUUCAACGGUGCCGCUCAAUCAUGCCCAUCUGUCAAGUGGAUGAGAUACACAUGUCUGCCUGACCUUCCCUCGAGACUGAAUUCUUCUGCCUGGGUCUUGUGAUACCACUAGGAAUGGUGAUGUCAAUAGAAUAGAACACAGCUACACUCUGCUCCCUUCUCUGGCGUCCUUUGCUUUGGGUUGUACAUCCUUCUUAGCUUCUGGUCACUGAUCACUGACAGAAUCCGGAGAAUGGAAAAUAAUUCAACUUGCUGCUUUAGCUCUGAGCCCUGUCCAUCUUCUGGCUGGCAGAGCUGUUAGCUGCACAGUUUUGAAAGUUAUUCAUGCCUAAAUUUGGAUGGAAUUAGAGAAAAUACUACCCAGCUGGAUUCUUUGAAGGAUGAGGGUCAGUUCUAGACCACAGGGGCCGGUGGAUUCCUCUAGGAAUCAUCUGGCACAGGAGGCCCUGGCUGUGGUCCAUCUAAGUCCUCCUGCUCUGGUUCUCCAACUCCCUUGAGCUUCCAGGAAGGCUCUUUCUCUGAGCCAAAUAUUCUUUGUGCAAACGUCUUCGUGGGCAGAGGAUCUGGAAAAUGGAACUACAGAGCCAGGAGAGAAGGCUGACCAGAGCCAAUUGAUCGGCUGGACCACAUAUCUUAAGCGAGGUGCCACUUAGCAGAGACUGUCACCUUGGACAGGCAGAGGGGACUCCGCUGCAGACAGCGGCCAAUUCUCCCUAGUUAGCCCAGACCUGUCUAAUGUCCCCUCCACUCUUCUUCCCGGGAAUCUGACUUAGGAUUGCAGAUGAUUUUUUUUUUUUUAAAUAAAACAACCUCAGCUAUAACCUGCAGACAGGUGAGUUCACAUACCGAAUGCCAGCAUAGCUUUCCUCCCCUGCCACGGGCAACAACACUUGGUUUGGAGCCAGGAACAGGCGCAGGGUCCUUUUGUUGACAGCCUCACUCUUAGAGGAUUUUGCUGAGUGAAGCAAAUGUUUGUCUGCUCUUCCUGCGGAGCAGCAUUCGGCCUGCUCUCACUGCUAAGGUAACUCGGUGAUUCCCACUGGGACCAAGCCAUCUUCUCCCACUGCAAAGCCACCACCCUCCCUUCCAGCUGCCCACUGCCUGCCUCCCCAAGUAGCAUUGCCAUUCCGUUUUGCCUUUGAUAAACUGUGAUGUACUGUUCUCAGUUCUCAUGAGCACGGUUCCUAACCCCAAAGGACUGUUACCAUGUUUUCAGUUUCAUAUUAAUGCUUUAAGACUCUUUGAAGAGAAUGCUUUUUUUUUUUUUUAAAAAAAGAUUUUCUCGAAGAGCAUCACACUAGGGACUGACCUUGGGGACUGGCUUGAGAGGCACUGUGACUCCAACAGUCUCAGUUUUGCCACAGCUUUACAGGGUAGCGUUGGUGUCAGAGUCCCUCUUUGUGCCUCAGUUUCCCCAUCCAUUAAAUGAGAACAUUAAUGUCUUCCCCUCCCUACCUCAUGGGGGAGUAUCAAUAAACUCACCCAGGAAGGUGGGGAAGAUACUAUGCAAAUGUGUGAAGUAUAGUCGUGGAUUUGAGUUUUAGUUUAUUAUCCUGCCUUCCUGUCUCCCAAAGUUUCUUCCUUGAGUUCAAAGCCUACAAAUAGGCCAUUGUAGACCAUUAGAUCUCUAAGUCUCUCCUUGGCCUUUUGGGCUGUGCCUCCAUCCUUUGUCUUACCCUUCAGAAUGGAAUGUAUUCUUGUAGUAGACUUGGUGGCUGGAGGUCACUUUACCUGGGAGACUGACUUCUCCGAGCCUGGAACAUAAUAAAAGACAGAGAUACUUAAGACUCAGAGACCUAUCCCAAAGCCAGUAAGAAAGUGUUUUUUGUGUCCAACCUCUUUAGUUACUCCCGAGCCCACCCCGGUGGCCAAAGGGAUGCCCCCAGCUGAGGGUGAUCAUGGGGACAUGUGUGCAUGGACCUCUGUGUAUAUAUCAUUACCCUCAUCACUGUCCUUGUCCUUAUGCAAACAUUGCCUUUUCAAGUCAGAGCAUGCCUGAAAGUAAAAGGUUUGUGGCAAGUCAGGCUCUCCAGGGACUCUGGUUGCCGUAGCAACCUUCCAGACUGUUCUCUCUACUGAUUUGGGUAUCAAGGGAAAACAGACUACACAUCCCAGCUUCUCAAAUGGGAGCACCUCCUUUUUAUUGGUUUAGGCAUUGGUGGAAUUAAGACAAGGAUUCGGGACCUCGCGGAAAUGUGGAGGAAGUAGGUUCUCAACACUUCCUGCCGGGACCUUUUAUUCUGGUUCCAUAUCUGGUCCCUGAUGCUGCCACAUCUUACGCCCGAGUCUUCAGAAACUUGAAUGCUUAAAAACUGCCCAAUGAAGUCCGCAGCAAUGCUAAGGCUUUCCAAAGGUGACCUCAGAGAGGGGUACAAAAUGUCCCUUCCACAGCAGCCAGGCUGGGCCUUGAGGACAUGGAUGACACCGGUCUGAGGUGACCUGACAUUCUCGCCUUAGAUGCAGGCUUUUUCCAGCUCUAAGAGAGACCACGAGGAGUGAAAUCCUUUCCUCACAGGGAGCAACGUUGCUUCUGACAAGAAGCUCUGAGGUGGCUCCUAGGAUGUCAUGCAGAAGCUGAGAGGCAGACAGCGACUCAGUCUCUCUCUCUUUUUUUUUUUGGUGGAGAAUUUUAUCCAGUGAUCCCUCCCUGCUUCUGAGUCUCCACGUGGACGUUGCAACCUUGGCAUCAAGAGAAUAUGUACUGUGUGCUGUCUCAACAGCUGGAACAGGAUCACAGUUGCCCAAGAAGGUGGGUUCAAGCUAUCCUAACAACUGACUUAAAGCAGUGGGGGCUCCCAGAGGACUUCUUGGGACUGCCAGUUUCUGCUUGGGAUGAGGACCCUCCUCCGGCUUAGCAUCCCAGAGGAGCAAGGAACAGCUGGCCUUCCCUGAACCUGUGACAAACUGUCUUCUGUUAUUUAUUGGAGGAUUUUAUAAAGAGAAGAGAAGAGAAGAGAAGAGAAGAGAAGAGAGAGAGAGAGAGAGAGAGAGAAAACGAGAGAACACAGAUUGUGCUCUCAGGCUUGAAUCAGGAAGGAGGAUGGGCUUCCGCUGGCCUGCACUCACCUACCGCGGGCCAGUUCUGUAGUUGCAGUGAGUGAUGGAACAAGGAGAGCCGAGGUCUGGUAGCGGGUCCUUAGUCGGGCUGCAUGUGGGCCACUGGGGGAAACCUACGCACACCUCGCGCAGAGUGGCUGGAUCCAGAACACCUGGCCUUCAAGUUCCCUGGAGGAUGGCAGGAUGGCAUCCCCUCCUCACUGAAUGACUCCGCCAGAUAGCCCUUGGUGGCCUUCUACACAGCGACUGGGACGGAAAAAUAGGGGAGUUCCUGUAGUUAAAGACAGGGUUCUGAAUUCUGGGGGUGGGGCCACAGGAGCAGGGUGAGAGCUGAUGGAAUGACCAACAGAAAAAAGGGGAUGGGAUGAUGUGGGAGUCAAAGAAGCCAUGAUGUUGCUGCGGAGGCGUACGGGCAUGGCCUGGCUGUGGAAGAGUUAACUCAUAAAUAAAUGGCAGUCUCAGAGGCCAGGCCUUGUGCUGUGUAAGAACCCCAAGAGCCAAGCUCAGCGCUCACAUCGCAUGGCUUUGACAAAGGCAGGCAGAUGCACAGAUGCCAAAGCACUUGGCCAGCUUCCCAAUGUUUCUCAUCCACGGUGCCCACUCGUGGGCCACCAGAGAAGGCUCUCCAUCAGCUUCUGCAGAUUGGCUCAGGCAGGGGAUGCUCCCCAAGGAGACCAGCUGUAGACCAUUGUCUAGCAUGCUCUGCCUCUUGGGUCUCAGUGCAGGGCAUAUGUCAAGGCCAGAACUGUCUUUCAAAGGGCUUCCCAGGGUCUGCUGAUAUCAUACGUAGGUCCCUCAGGGGAGUGAGAGUGGUCUCUCCUUUCCUUAUUUGAAACAGGCUUUCUCAUGCAGCCCAGGCUGCCCUCCACCUCACCAUGUAGACAAAGAUGACCGUGAAUUCUUCAUUUUCCU